GGAACCCGCUCAGCUUGUGCGCCCGCCGGCUGGCGCAGCAGCGUCCCCUAGCGGCGGCCGGCCGGGCCGCCGCCCGCAGCCCGGCAUGGAGGAGGACGAGGGGGCUGCGGGAGGCGCGGAGCAGCGGCGCCCCCGCCGCCGUCCCGGCGCCGAGCGCUCCCCCAGCCCCAGCCGCCUGGACGUGAGCUCCAGCCGCUUCGACCCGCUGCUGGCGCUGUACUCCGCCAGCACGCCGCUGCCCUUCCCCGCCGCCCCCUGCUUCAACAACCUCGCCGAGUACGAGAGCUUCCAACGCGGCCUGCUCCGACCGCGCGGCCGCCGCUCCGCUACCUCCCGCCGCGGCCCGUCCGCCGCCGCCCGCCGCGGCCCGCCCGCCGCCGACCCCGAGCGCAUCCAGCGCCUCCGCAGCCUCAUGGUCAACGCGGGCCCCGAGCAGGAGGCGGCCGAGGGCGGCGCGACGGCCCGGCGGCGGCGGGCGCCGCGGAACGUCCUCACCAGGAUGCCCCUCCACGAAGGCAGCCCAUUGGGGGAACUUCAUCGCUGUGUCCGAGAUGGUGUAAAAAUCAAUGUCCAUAUCCGCACUUUCAAAGGGCUUCGUGGAGUCUGCACAGGGUUUUUGGUUGCAUUUGACAAGUUCUGGAAUAUGGCCCUGACAGAUGUGGAUGAGACAUACAGGAAACCAGUAAUGGGCAAAGCUUUCUACGCAGAACCUCAGCUCACACUAACCCGGCUGUUUGACAGACUCAAACUGCAGGAGUCCUCAGGAAAGAAGGGCGCUGACUCAAAGACUGUCUCAGAGGAGCUAGCCCUGACAAAUGACUCUCAGACACUGGCAUUGAAAGCUCGAUCAGGACGAGCGAGAGCAGAAGAUGAGCACGAGAGGCAGAAGCGCUUGGGCAGAGCUGGAGAAAAGAAGAUGCCAGGUGACAGUUUGCAUCUGGCUGCCAGAGGUGAAGCUGAUGUGGGUAGCGGGACUGCCCGCACAGAGGGUGCCAGUGCUGCUGGUACCCGUGCAAGAAGCCAGUCACGGAAAAAAAGGCGGCCCAAAGUGGAUUAUCAACAGGGUGGAAAGGCCUGUUGAAACACCGUGCCACCUGAACUAGAAACUUCAGUUUCCCGUGCUGCCGUAGCAGAUCGGAGCAUUUGAGCCCUGUCUGUGCUGCCGUGAGUGAAGUCAGAUGGCCGGGUUCGCUCCUGACGUGGGUGCGAAGAGGUCACCCAACCCUCCGCGUCUGCUCCACCGUGAGUGCAGUAAUGUCUUGCGUUGCUCCAGCUGCUCGUAAGCAAAUACCUCCACUCUGUCAGUGAGCUUCCUGCGAUUGUGGUGUGGGGGUUUUUUACAUGCAGGUGACAUACAUCUGAGAGUAUUUUAAGCAGACAUUCUUCUCAUAUCCAACGAGAGUAUUGCUCAAAUUAAGGAAAAAUGGUAGCUGGAGUGGUAAGGAGGAGUCACAAAUUCCAGCUCUGGUUUUAGCUGCUCUCCUGGAGUUCUGUAAAGCGUUUACCUCCUCCUUCUGACAUUGCUUUGUCCCCGUUUGGAGAAGAGAGUUGAGAUUUUUUAAAAGGAAAAAAUAGGGUGAAGGCGACAUCCCUGCUAACUACAAGAAGUAAGGUCUUUCCUGGCAAUAUUGAGGACUUUUUUUUCCUGAUCAAAUGCUACCUGAAUUCUCAGAACAGUUCUUCUCAAUUUCAUGCCUGUCUUCUUGCUGUGAAUGAUUUAUUAUCCCAAAUAGUUAGCUUAUUCCCCACAGUUUCUUACAAGUCCUGGAGAUCUCUCUUGUCUUGGCAUUUAUGAGGCUGUACAGUCAUCUUUCAUAACACGGACAAUUCCUUAGGUUUGAUUAUUAGUUUUGCACAGCCUUGCAGUCCUCAACUCCUUAAAUGAUCUGGGUGACAAAGGGUACGUAAAAAAUGAAGUUUUAAUUAUACGGAUCAGUAUGUUGCUGAUUCGCAUGUUCAGUUUAUGGGUCAGUCUGGGUGACGCCCAUAGCCUGCUUGAAAUCUGAACGAGUAUUUGAAUAUUUAGAAUAGGUAUCAUUAGGUUUCUGAGUUACUGGACAGUGGAUAUAAACUGAAGAGUACGUAAUGGCACCAGUUGGUUUGGAUAUUCUGAUAAUGCCCGUCUGCCUCGGUUCUGCGUAAUGGAGGUGUAGUUUUUGUGAAGCUUUGUCAGGAUAAUCACGUCUCAGAAAAUCCGUUGUCUUCGCAACCCUGGGCUGUGGGUGCAGCUUUCAAUAGGAGAAGGUAACUGGAUCCUGACGGCUGCUCUUGCAGCCUGCCGCCUGCCCUUGCCAGUGUCUCGGCACUUCUCUUCCUCAUCUCUCCUUUCACAUUUUGCAGUAUUUGACAAAUUUUAAAGCAGGUAUUUUUAUUAUAGCCACCAGCGUCACCCUCGGAUCUCUUUUGUGUGCCAGUCACCUCUGCUGGUCUCUGGUUGAGACUGGGGUCACGUUCAGUUUGCUCACCUGGGUUUCCCUGUUACCAGCUCUGCUGUUGCUUCCCCUCCAGCUGCUGCUCGUGUCGUUAGAAACUGUGUCCAGGGCUGGGGUGAUUCUGCCUUUGAGGUCGCCCGCCCCGUGCAGCCCAGCGGCAUUGCUGCCUUACGCUUGGGAAACGGUGGGUAGAGAGGUAAGGCUGGGCCUGGGCAUAUCUCCUGUAACAGCCCCACAAGAGGCGCACAGGUCUAGCUGCAAAGACAUUGCUUUGCAAUACUCCUAUUUAUGCAGAUCCUUUUUAAAGGGUAGCUUGGGAGAGUGAAUAGUUCACAUCCCAGUUAUAGUUUAAAUCCAGGCUGUGGGUGUAAAGGAUGAUCUGUGCCAAUUACCCAGAGGCUUUUACCACUUAAUUUUGAUGAUCUGGACUCCUCUGGGACCCAGCUCGAAACCCCACAGACCCUGUUCCUGCAACUGCCAGUCUGAAUGGGUCGCAACAGAGGGAGGACCCAGCCCAGCCCCGGUGCUCCCUCCGGGGAAACCCAUCCUGGGUCGGGGACGGAUGGGCACCGCAGGGGGAGCGAGGUGCGCUCCUGUUCUCCAUGCUGGUCCUGCUCUCUGGGAAAGGACCCAAGAAAUUUUCAGGGGCUCUGGAUUUCUCUUUCUGGAUUUUCCCUUCUGUGUUUCGUGGGCACUAAAUGCUCCAAAAAGAUUGUUCAAAGGAUCCCCCAUGUGUUACAGCCUUCAGGUUUUUCUGUCUUCACCUGGGAGUCUGUUGGCCAGAUCCUCCCUCCGGCGAUGGACGUGCCAAGCCCUGUGACCGCUCCAACGAGCGGAAAACCUGCUGAUGCUCCCUCCAGGAGAAGGGAUGUUGAAAAUGAAGUGGAGGUGACUUCAGGGGUGCGGUUUGGGGGGCUGGAGGACAGCACUCGAUUGCAAUUCCCGAACACCCGCCUGCUCGCCCCUUCCCUCUCCCUAACGGGGGAAGAACUCGGCAUCCCCCGCGCUCGCUGCCCUCGCUGCCCACGAGGUGGCAGCAGGUUGAAGGGAAACCCGGUUUUCCCUAAAAACGCCGCUCUGGGAACCUGCCGGGCCGCAGGAGCCGGUGGUGGGGUGGGCUCUCCUCCUCCUCCCUGGCGUUGGGGUGCGUUAAGGGGUGGCCGUGCUCCUCCCUGCGUGUCCUCCAGAUCCACCCAUGUCUCUGGGAGCUGGUGGAGGGGAGAGUGGAAGAGCCAGAAAUCCCGAGUGUUUCCGAGGGGUGCAUGCGGGCUGUUACGUAGCUCAGGCCCAGGAGUUUGGAUGCUCUUCAAACAUGGCAUCUGCCGCUUUGCGCUGCCAAGGUCAGGCCCGAAUGCUGCGGCCCUCAUGGAUAGUUACGUGUUACGUCUCAGCAGAACGUCACUUCCCACCUCAGUAGGCUGAAUCAAGCUCCCCCAUAAAAAUAAAUGUCCUGGAGCGAUGGCAAGGCUGAAGUCACUGGGAGAGAGCCCUCACCUCCAGGCCAGGGGCUGACGGCAGGAGGCGGUGGCAGGACCUGGCCAAUAAUUUGUUGUUGUAUGUUGGCUUAGGCGCAUUCUCCGCAAACCGAUUUCUGGGUCUUGCACCAGAGCCUGCAAAGGGAAGACCGAAGUAGGCAAAACAUCACCAGGUUUGUCACAGAGAGUACGCAGACACAAAUCUGAAGACCUUGCUGGAAGGCAGCCCUUGGCAGAGGGGACCUUCACCAGACCAAGCUUCAGGAGCAGUAACGUGGCUCUCGCAGGUAACUGUUGUGCGUGGGCUUGGGUAUCAGAGUAGUAGGAGUCCCAUAGCUGUCCCGCGUGGAUGGUGACCUUGGCUGGGGGAAACGUUGGCUGUGGAAGGAAAGCAGGAGUCGGUGCUGCUUGGUGGUGGGUGGACCAGAACACGGCUGGAAACAGCGACUGCUAGUAGAGGCUGCCCAAGCUGUAAAACAGUGCUCCGUGGGUAUCCAUAUCUUGUCACGUAUUUACAGGCAGAAACCGUGCAUCACUUAUGCACGAUGAUGCCGUGGAGUAAAUCCUGUGAAGUAAUAUACUUUGAGCUCCCUGUAAAUGCACCAGCGCGGGCUUGAAGGAGGAACCCAUCCCCUUUCUGUCCCGUCCUUCUGGGGGAUGAGGCUGAAGCGCAGUAAGUUUUUCCCACCAAAGUGUGGUCAAUGGAACAAUCGUACGACGUGUUGAUCAGGAAAAAGGAUGUGGGAGUUUGAGUGGAAAAACUGAUGCUAUCGGGCUAAUGGCAGAGGGCAGCAGGAAGGAUGGCAAACAGGAUGCGGCGCCGCGCUCGGCGGAAAGAGCACGAAACGAUGCUGUGGCUGCGGAGGCUGGAGGCAGCCCUGGUCUCUGCCGCGGGCACGGGAAAGGCUGGACCAGAGAGCAGAAAGUCACUGAUCUCACACUCCUCUGCUGGGAGGAAGGGCUCCUUUCUGUUCUGCUGGGGAAAAGCAAGUGUUAGCCAAUAUCCCAAAGCUGUCAAAAUGGUGGAAGGAACAACUGGAGGGAAACUUUAUUUUUAGUUGCUUGGAGGCUCCAAACUGAGAAUAGUGGGAAGCUGAAAAAAAGGGGGGGGGACUCUCGGCAGGACCUCCUUGCAUCCAGGGCUUUGCUGGCAGGCAGUUCCACACCUGGGGAUAAACAGGAUGAAAACAACGCUCAAGGGAAUACAUUUCUGCCUCUCCUGCUGCUGCUAGCUGCUGUAAUACCUCGUGAAGGUGGCUAGCAGUGGGAACGUGCCGGUCCUAUUGUUUUUUGGAAGUUAAGGUUCUGGCGCAGAUGCUCUAGCAGGUCAUGCGAUGGGAAGAUACUCCACCAGUAACUCUUCCAGUGUCACUUGGAGCUGUCUUUGGGGUGAAUCAGUAUUUUGGCAGGCUUGGAAACCUGUUUGUAUGUGAGAUGACAGUGCUUCUUGGCCUACAGUGAGAUCUUGGUCAGGGGUUUGAGCUUCGUGGAUAAAAACGGCCUACUAAACGUGCCCAGGCGCACCGAAAGCCCUCGCAGCCCAGCUGCAGCUGGAGGUUUUCAGCAGAGCUGGCUGGUGCUGCAGCCCAGCCCUGAGCUGCAGAAGUCGGUGUGUGAGGCAGGUCUCCAACUUGCCCUCUUGCGACCACCAUAAAAAUGGAAGUGUUUAAAUCUGAGAGCAAGGAAAUGUCUUUUACUUGUCUUCCUUUGGAGGACCGUCUGGCAGGGAAGGGGUCCCAUGUGGGAUGCGCUGUUAGGGUCGCAUGUGGUACAGGAGGCAAUCACUGACCGUGGGUCAGGAAAGGGUUAUCUGGUGAGAAGCACCAGCUAUGUUUGCUUCUCAAAUGGUGUGUGUUUGCAGCGUUUUGUAAACCAGAUGUUUAACAAUGAAGUAUCUGUAGUUGUGCAGAAUAUGCCCGUCCUGCGGGCACCCCCCGGCAGGUGUGUCCCCCCGGGCGUGGGCUCCCGGCCCCUUCUCACAUCGAUGUUGUGAGCACUGGUGGGUGAUGUUGAAACGUUGACGUGGAACUGGGUGGUGGAGUUGAGGUCCCCUAAAAUCAGCCCAAUGACGUGAGCUGGUACCAACUCCAGUCUCUUCGGCCUCAGCCUCCAGCCUUUGGGGCUCGGGGUGGCGCUUGUAUCGCAGUAACGUCUGCGUGUACAUAGCCCGGUUCACAAAACUGCCUUGCAUCUGGGUUUGCCCACCCUCCUCACGUGCUGACAGAUUUAUACCAGUCAGGUAGCGGGUAUUAAUUAAUUUAUUUUAAGGCAGCUAUGUUCUUGUCAGUCCUUGUUGGGUCAAAAUGCUCUGAAGUCACCCAGUCCUCAGCUUGCUGUUUUAAUUAAAAACACGGACCCUUAAAAGACGAUUGUACUGUCUCCCAACUAUUCAACACAUGGCAAAUGUUAGUGCAGCAGAGUGUGAAUCGCUUGCCGAGAGCCGUCCUCUACCCUGGCCUCACAUCUAUUACCAAGUGUAAACUAAUGAAUAAAGAGCUGGGGUUUGUCACAAUCUCCAGUGUAAGGGCUUUCAGAAAGUGCUGCGGGCUGACAGGGAGAGAUUGCGAGAGGUUGCAGCCCCUGACCUCAAUAAAGGCUUCAAAGGAACCUCCUGAAAAGUUUUUUGCAGCACAAAAAAGAAUUUCUCCUGGUAAUGUAGCAGCCGGCGCACUUUAAUAGAUAAAACUACGUCAAGGCUUCUGCUGACUGGGUGGAAAUGACAUCUUUGUUUUGCGUGUAAAUGCUGUCCUGUGAUGUCUUUUUUGCUCCAUUAAAAACAAGGACUUAAGACUCACAAGAUGAAGGUACCAGGUUGCGCGGCAGCUCGCCUGCAGCGCCGGAGGGAAGGAGGAGCUGGGGAGCAAGAGCCAGGCAGGUGCCAGUCCCCGCGUCCCCGCCAGGGCUGGCUGCUGCCAUCCCAGCUGCCGGAGAGGGGGAAGACCCGGCCUCCCUCAAAGGAAAAGGUGGGAAACCAGCAACGGCGCAGGCACCCUCCUUUGCUGCGAGCCCGUCUGCCCCUGGAGGGGGAGCGAACAACGGAGCGUGGGGAUGCAGAGGGAGCCGCGGGGCUGUGCAGCGCGGGGAGGGAGCGCUGCAACGCGCAGCGUGUUGGGGGGGAACGUGGCCUUGGCCGUUAUCCCUCUCGCCAGCUUUCAGCUGCUCCGGCCGUUUGUCUGCCCGGUGUCGGGGGGUCCAUGGCACAGCAGGUCAUUCACUCUAUGCGGCUGCCUUUGCCCACAGCACCCUCCUUCCUCCUGUCAGGCUGCAAGUCCUAAAGCCAGAGAGACCCGCUCUCUGCCUGUGCGCUGGCCCAUGCCCCGCUGGACGGCGUUCCCGAGGCUGGGAAUGUCGCUGCAGAGACGCUGGUUGCUGGUGAGAGGGGAGACUGGGGGCAGCUCAUCUGGCCAAAGCAGUUUGUCUCUAAUUAAGUUGAAAACUGGCAUCCUGCCUCGCCUCCUGCCUGCAGCCAGCCCAAGGCGUGGAACGGGGGCUGUGGGCAGUUGACCCUCGUUGCCACCGCUGCGCCCGCCAUCGGGCUGCACCGAUGCACAGGCAGAGCGGGUACCUCCAGGCCGGUGACACUUUUCCAACCCUUUUUUGUUUGCAGGUACUUAAGGUUUCCCACGUGCUGCGAGCCCCAGUGUAGGGAGUAGAAGGUGACAGUCAAGAAGGUUUGGCUCUUUCCUGCAGCCCAAAGACAACAUCCACGGGACAAAGAGCACGUGCGGCUGCCUGCCGUCACCGGCGCUCUCCGCGCAGCGCCCCCAGCGCCGACAUGGACCCGGAGCCCAGGUGAUGGGGAAGGAAAGUGGCACGGUGACAGCUGUACAUAUGAGACAAGCAGAGAGACUGUCCCGCAGCGGGUAGGGAGAUUCAUGCGCAUCGGGCUGGGCUGGAAAACCGCCUGGAGGCCAGAUUUAGGAAGCUCAAGGUGGAGGCAGCCGCUUCCUCCUCCUCUCCGUUUUAUACCUCGGUGGGACUGGGAGGAUGUGGUUCCUUGGCGGGAGGACGAGGGACAAGAGGUGAACAAAGGCAAGGGCAGAGAGACGCAUACGUGAAUGAACCGAAUUACUUGGCUUUUAGGAAUUUAACCCUUAGCGUUCUCUCAUCCUGCAUUUUGUUUGCAAAUCAAAAAUGGGGAAAGAUUUUGGUAACCUCAUAGUAUCACCAACAGUUUGUUAAAAGACUAAUUGCCAAGUAGCUUAUGCAUGUGGGACCAUUAGUAAUUCUGUAGCUAUGCAAAUUAAAACAGUGAUGUAUGAUUUAUAGCUUUAAUAAUGUUCUGAAGGCUCUUAAAUUUUAAUCACUUGCAACAUCCUUUUUAAUAUUCAAUUACUUUAUUAACUAAUUAGGUCACUUGCUGAAAAAGCACAUAAGGCUGCUGCUAUUUUAAUAUCAGCUGAACAUCACAAAAUACCUUUGAAAUGGUGUAAAUGGUUUAUUUAUUUUAAAUAGAUCAUUAAGAUGCUAUAAUUAAUAAAUCAAUUACAGAAAAAAAGACAAGAAAUUGAUAGAUGCCAGACCACAACAGUAGUGGCUUCUCUGCUUACUUCAGAAACGUUCACAGGGAUGCCCAACGCGGUGAAGGCGGCCGCUGAAGCACCUUCCCAGAUAAUUCGUAUUCAGCUGAAGGGAUAAGGUUCAAGAUAUGCUUGGUUCAUUAUAGAUGCUUUUUGUAUGAAUUUAGCUUCCUGAUUGAUAAAAGCUCCACAAACGACCUUGAAAAGUUAAAGUAUUUAAAAGGACGGCCCUCCUUCACGGCUUGCUCUUUUGUCUGUCUCAAAAAAGAUAAAACCGUAACAUCCGAGUGCUGCUAAUGCUGGGAUGAAAGGCAGAGCGCGGGAGGGAGGGAAGGUGGGACGCUAAUGGCUGACCCGCCUGCUCUGCUCGAAGUGCACGAGCGCUCGCCCCUGGCCAGGGCCGCGGCCGGGCAGCAGCUCCGGCAGCCGACGCAGCGGAAUCGCGCAGAACGCUGUACCCUGCAAAAGCUGCAGGGCAGCAGGUUACACCUCCCGUUUACACCAACCCGUGAUGUAAAACCCGAAGUCUGAGAAGUUAAAUUUGGCACCAGCGCGGCUGCAACUCUGAAACAGGCUUUCAGUAACCUUCUGUUUUAAAACUUUGUAAUUAAGGUAAGAAAAAUACUCUUCUAGGAAUUAAGUCAAUCUUUUUCACAGAUUUUGGCUGAAAUUGUAUCAAUGUGAUGAUACAGAGCGCAAUGGUUUUCUCUUGUGAGAAGCUGCUAGAAAAUACCUGCAGUAGUUACAGAGCACUCCUCUUCCCAUUGCAACUUGUCUUCCUUCCAUUCUCUCGUGACUAAAACCCUGUAGAGCAGGGGGCAAAAUCCUCAGCGCUGCAGCGAGCUUGCUGCUAAACCAAGACUGCCCUUUACAACCCAGCUGCCAGGAAAGCAACGCCAAAUCUCACUUGACAGAGCGUUUCCGGGCAAGGGAAUGUACGUGGGCUGUCUGGCUCCAAAGCAGAGUCCAGGGGAGGUCCAAGCCCCCAGCUCCAGUUGCCCAGAACACUGAAAGCUGCCCCUUCUCUGGCCCGGGGGAGCUGCAGGCCCGUUAGUCGGCAGCUGACGGUAACUUCUACCACUACUGGGGCUUAAGAUGAAAUCACGGUUUUUCUACCUUGUUAACAGCUCUCAUCAAAAUAAUUAUCGCUGCUUCAAGAGGCUACCGUUCGGUGUGACGAGCCAGCGAGAGGAAGAACAUACGGGACUAACCUGGGCUGGAGGGGAAAGCUGUGCGGAAGGAGCCUAAAAUAACGAUAAAUCCACGUCGCGUUUCACGGGAGCUGCCACAGGCAAUAAAGGUGCAGACUAAUAUAAAUACAAGACACCGCGCGCUGCUGCGGGUUGGGACAACGUGUGAUGCUGCACACCUUGGAACAAGCGCAGCUACGACUCUUGAGGGGUCGGAGACGUUUAUACGGUCAAAUGAGAUCAGCGUUGCUGUUUUUUAAGAGUGUUUAUUUCACCCCACGCUAAUCCUGUUGUACAACAUGGCUCACGGGGUGUUCUUAGUCUCCUUGCAGAGCCCCAGCUCACAGUCAAAUACACGCGUUUUUGUCACCUUCCUGUAACUUUUCCCCAGUCAUUUAUUCACGUGAUGGAUUCCCGCGUUUCUCAAAGUUGCGUAGGAAAAACCACGUCCUUCCCUGGCCAACGAAAAAAGCCAGGACUAGUGGGAGUUGCAAAUAAAAGGUCGCCGGUGCCUCAACCACAACCGGUACCAGGAGAAAUGAGGAGGCAGCAGGACCCCCCCGCAAAGCCCAGCCCGCUCCCGCGGCCGCCUGCGCCAUGCGGCCGCUGGUACCGAGGAGCGAGCGUUAACCUCCCCGGCGCCAUUCAAUGUGACAGUGACACUUCACAGCACAUUGCAUCCAAUCUCAUUUGAAGCUGACAAAGAUUGUUUCUGUUUUAUAUCUAUUGGUUUAUUAAUGGCCUACAGCCUCUUAAGCAGAUGCAUAUGCAUUAGACAGCCAGCUGUUAGGAGCUUCCCAGAUGUCGAAAGUAGCUCUGUCUUGGAAUGCGUGCUUUCCGUCCCCCCCCCCCCCCAUCAUGAAACAAAGUAAUUGUAGUUCUAUUAAAGAACCAGUUAAUUACUGAACCAGUACCUUAUGGCAUGCUUUUAAAAAAGAAAAAUCUGCAAAUUUGUGAGGAGAAAAGGUUUUGAAAAGAGAGAUGAGCUGAGCCUGCGCUGUGCUGUACCCACGCGGAACUUGCAUCGACGCAGAGACCUGGAUCGCGCCGGGUAGAGAAGCCCCGAGCUGCAGCCGUCCAGGGAAACACCAGGGUCUGCAAAGGCACCUCUCUUCAUUUCCCACUUUCGGCAGAAUUUCUCUCUUACUUCUUCUCCUUCCGUAUCUGAAUAGUGGAUGCGGAAGCACAGAAAAAAAUGAAAAUGAGACGCCUCUCAAUGUUUAAAGGUCGUUUCACAGGGCGAAGCGAACUUCCACAGCACCCCAGCCAGCUCAACCUGUAACCGGAUCAUUGACCACGCGCUGCAGAUUGACUUACAAAUUCCACAGGCCACCCUUUUCAGUCGCACAACAGUAACCAGCCUCACCGAGUGGUCUUGGCAACUUACUGUUUUUUUCCUUUCUUCCUUCUUUCCUCAAAGCCCUAAAAGCAGCUCCCAAAAUGCAGGUCUUGGCAGCAUGGCCGGAACAACCCCCGCCCUCCCUCCCCCCGAGGAGCCCUCCUCCCACUGAAAUGUUUAAAAUAUUAAAGUCAGCCCCAAGUCCAAGAGGUUUGGGGAAAAAGGUUCACGCCGAGUCUUUGUUCCUGGCAGUUGGGUCCAUCUGCCCCGGGCUGGGAGGAGCGGGCAGCGCAGCCCGGGGCCGCUCAAUUCCCAGUGUAGGAAGAAGAGGACAAAGACCGUUCCCGUGCCGCGGGCAGAGCUCCUGCCUGGAAUAAUUGGAAGCACACAGGUAAUUCAGGCUUUAGUUUCCAAUUCUCUCAUUCAUACUUUUAGUUUUUGCCAGUCAAAUCUGUCAGCAAGUACUUGGCGCUGUACAAUCUGCGAUUUGUCACUGCGCUGACACUUCGCCAGUACUAACCAAAAAAAAGAGUUUCCGUCGCAGUCAAAUGAAAUAUUUCACUUAAAACAAAAGAGUUUCAAUGUGUGCGCAAACCCAUUGGGUUUGCCUGAAACAAUCCUGAAUUUUAGUCAGUGAUGGCUUGGAAUAAAACUUAGCCGGGGAAGUAAAAGAAAGUUUAAAAAAAAAUAAAUCACAUUGCCAUUAAA